UCGACCGAUUCUUGCAAGCAGGUCAAAAGUAAAGAGAACAUCAUUUUAAAAACCUGUGAAUAUCUGUGACGUUUUUACAAUUACUGCAAAAUAAUUAAAAUAUUAUUUAUUAAACUGCUGUUGCAGUUUGAUCAUAUCAAGAAAGAUCGAGACGUCAUCAUUGUGGUACCAUAGGAUAAUAAUUUAUUACCACAAUGGAUGCAAUUCCGGUAACGACGUCGUAUUUACCAACUAUAGCCUACUCUCUGCUCGCCGUGUUUAUCACAACGCUAAUUGCAUUAUACUAUUAUGUCGAGACUGGUAGAGCAGUUCAACUUUCAAAAAGGCUACCAAAUCCACCGAGUUUACCAAUACUAGGUCACGCAUUACUAACUUUUGGAUUAUCUCCAGAAACUGUGUUACGUGUAGCUCUCCAAUUCCAUGAAAAAUAUGGAUCAGUAAUAAGCGUAUAUUUCGGAACAAGAGUAAUAAUUGGUCUGACUGAUCCACAAGAUAUCGAAAUAAUCUUGGGUAGCUCUGUGCAUCUUGAAAAAUCCGUGGAAUAUAGAUAUUUCCAACCAUGGCUUGGAGAUGGCUUAUUGAUCACAUCUGGCGAUAAAUGGCGCAGACAUAGAAAAGCAAUAGCGCCCACAUUUCAUAUGAGUAUUUUAAAGACAUUUGUACCUUUAUUUUAUCAGAAUAGCAUGGAUCUCGUUAGACGGCUUCGCAAUGAAAUUGGAAAAGAGUUUGAUUGUCAUGAUUAUCUAUCAGCUGUAACGGUUGACAUUUUAACGGAAACUGCGAUGGGAGUCAGAAAAGAAAAAAGGCAGAAGACUGGAUACGAUUAUGCCAUGGCCGUGAUGAAAAUGAGUGAUAUCCUACAUAGAAGGCAUUAUGAUUUUACGUUACGUUCUGACAUAAUUUUUAAACUUACAAAGUUUGCGAAGAAGCAAAAGAAACUGCUCAAUAUUAUUCACACACUGACAGAUGGUGUAAUUGAAGAGAAAUCUAAGGAUGUCGAAGAGAAACUUAAAAAAAGUCAACAGCAAAAGGAAGUGCAAAACAGCAAAACUAUAGAAAGUUUGAACGUGACCAAAAAUGAAGAAAAUGACACAAAUAUUGCUACUAAGUACACAAAACUGCAUUAUGUAAGAGAUGAUCUCGAUGACAUCGAUGAAAAUGACAUAGGUGAAAAAAAACGACUUGCCUUUCUGGACAUGAUGAUGGAUUUGAAAAAGAACGGUGGGCAAAUGACUGAUGAGGAAAUUCGAGAGGAAGUAAACACUAUCAUGUUCGAGGGUCAUGAUACUACGGCAGCUGGCUCGAGUUUUACAUUAUGCGCCUUAGGAAAUCAUCAAGAUAUUCAGGCCCGCGUGCAUGAAGAAUUGGAUGCAAUUUUCGGUGACAGCAAUAGGCCAUGCACUUUUCAAGACACUCUAGAAAUGAAAUAUCUCGAAAGAGUUAUUUUGGAAGCUUUGAGACUUUUCCCACCGGUACCUCUCAUUGCCAGAAAACUUAACGAAGAUGUUAAAAUAAUUACAGGCGAUUAUAUCCUUCCAAAAACUGCCACGGUAUUGAUUGCACAAUUCGCAGUACAUCGUACGGAGAAAUAUUACCCAAAUCCAACAGUUUUUAAUCCGGACAAUUUCCUACCGGAAAAAAUGCAACAGAGACAUUACUACUCCUUUAUUCCAUUUAGCGCUGGACCAAGAUCUUGCGUGGGACGGAAAUACGCUAUGCUGAAAUUGAAGGUCCUGUUAUCGACAAUACUUAGGAAUUACCGUGUCACUUCUGAUGUGGUAGACAAAGAUUUCGUAUUGCGGGCCGACAUCAUUCUAAAAAGACACGAUGGAUUUAAGAUCAAGCUCGAGCCGCGUAAGCCAGUAUCUUAUAAUCCAGAGAAACAGCAAGAAUUUAACAUUUCUGUAUCCGCGUAAAUGUAAACAAAAUAAAACUAAACGUGUUGAUAUAUACUUUAUUAAAAGUUUCAUGUUCUAUAUACAUUAUACGUUUCCGAAGCAGGUGUUCUUUUCGAAGGACUUGCUAUCUAUAAAACUUUUCCAAAACAAUAUUUAUGUGAUGUGUGUUGAAGCAUUUAAAAAAUCAAUAUAUUAUAUUUAAAAUAUAUAUCUCAAAAAAUCUGAUGUAUAUAUCGUUUGUUUCUUGUGUGUAUAAUAUAUACAAUUAUAUAGAUACUAUUUAUUUAAGCAAAGCAUAAGUUGCUUUUCCUUUUCAAUUAUCCAAUGCUAAUUAUAAAACUGAUCACUAAGAUUGAUUCUAUAACUUUUAACAAAUAAAAUAUUAUAUGAAACAUA